GUGUCAAAAAUGACACUUUUUGCACGUACGCUUUUUGGGCAGGAAUGUUGGUGAUAAAGAUGUUUCUUAUGUCCAUUAUUACGGCAAUUCAGAGGACACGACAUAAGGUUGUAAUCAGCAAAGAAGACCUCAACAUGUUUCGCGGAAGUCAAGUAUUAACAGACGAUCCUGCCGUUGAACGAGCUCGAAGUGCUCAUCGUAACGACCUGGAAAAUAUUCUGCCGUACCUCAUAAUUGGCUUGCUUUACGUUUUCACGGAUCCCAAUACGACGGCAGCGAUGUGGCUUUAUCGCAUUGGAGCGAUGGCGCGCAUUUUGCACACCUGCGUUUAUGCAUUUGUUCCCGUGCCGCAGCCAGCACGAGCGAUUUGCUUCUUUACCACAGCCGGCAUCAUGGUUUACAUGAGUGUUCGGGUGUUCAUUCACUUUUUUUAAGGGGGAAAUUUGACAUGGAGACGACUGGCGAUAGAAGUCGAGAAAUAAUCAAGAAUUUUUUUAGAAUUAAUUGCACACGAAUCACAUUUUUUAAAGUAGAUUUGCACGCAAGAACACGAAAAAACACACAUCGCACUUAGAUUUUCUCAAAAAAAAAAAAAAUAAAAAAAAAAUUAAAUUAAAUCGUAAAAGACCUAAAAAUAAAUCGCACCGUAAAUUUUUUGUCUAAAAAAAAUGGGCAAGUUGAGUUGGUUGACAAAUACUUGCUAAAAAUACCCCGAUAAUUAUGUUGAACGUUUAUUUUUAGUUUUACCGACUAAAGUUGUUUGUAUCGUUGUUAGGUAGCGACACACGCACCAUGUCGUCAGACUCAUUGUCUGGAUU